GCUAGCUAGAAAGCCGGGCAGCAACACAUUCACUACCGAGUUAGUCGUGCAAGCUUUGAAAGAGGCGAAAGUCCAUUUAGAUUGCGCUCAACCACAACAUGACGACAAAGCACGAAUUCUUUGUGGACAUGACAUGUGAGGGAUGCUCUGGUGCUGUCACCCGAGUCCUCAAUAAACUGGGUGGUGUCCAAUUUGAGAUCGACCUCCCCAACAAGAAGGUUUUCAUUGAGUCUGACAAGGAUACGGAUGUGCUUCUGGAAACACUGAAGAAGACUGGAAAGGCAGCCAACUACAUUGGCCCCAAGUGAAAAAUCAUCCUCUUUCCUUUAUAGAACAGGAUGACCAAUGAGAAGAAAGAACCUCGCUGGCAUGUCUUCAUGGACCUCUGGAAUGAGCUCGCUCUGCCAAGUUGUCCACUUUCAGUUAUUUAAACAUAAUUAUUGAUGCGUCCCAAAUGUCACCAUAAGGGUCCAGUUUCAACGUAGGGCACUAUAGGUAAGGGAAAGGGGGGACAACUGAAUGCAUUCAGCUGAAAUGUGUCUUCCGCAUUAAACCCAAAACCCCUCUGAAUCAGAGAGGUGCGGAGGGCUGCCUUAAUCGACAUCCACGUCAUCGUCGCCUGGGGAACAGUGGGUGAACUGCCUUGCUCAGGGGCAGAACGACAGAUUGUUUACCUCAUAUAGGGAAUAGAGUGCUGUUUGGGACACACCCACUAUGAAUAUCCCGUAUGAUUGAUGCGCAGAAUUAAAUAGAGCAUGUACCUCUAUGGGUUAAUGUUAGUCCUACUGCAGGUAAGUUAAAAUCAUGUAAGAUCGGCUGUCUCUGUUUCGUCUUAAUAAAAGCAAUUAUUGUUAUUCACCUUGAUUUGGGACAGUUGGGGGAAAACGGCAAUCAUCCUGUAUUACGUUUUCCUGUCACUGUCUAGAUAUAAUUCAUGUUUACCCACAUGUCAAAUAAAAAAAGGUGAUUCUAGG